AUGCCUACAAUUCUGGCAGAGAAGGAAAGCCUGGAGGCGUAUCUUGAGAUGGAGAUUGAUGAUGAGAGUUUUGAGAAGACUCUGUUUGAAUAUGGACUGGAGAUGGAUGGGGUUGUGGAAGAGGAAGGGCGAGUUAUGUACAGGAUUGAGGUUCCAGCGAACAGAUAUGACUUGCUGUGCUCUGAGGGGCUGUGCCAGGCGCUUAGAGUGUUUUUUUCGAAGUGUGUGUAUGAGCCAAUCGAUAUAUUGGCGGGAAAGCUGAGAGUGGAGAAGGAGGGUGGAAGCGAAAGACCGUGGAUAGCAUGUGCAGUAAUACGGGGAAUUGAUUUUGGAAACGAGAAGGUAUACAGGAGCUUUAUUGAGUUCCAGGAGAAGUUGCAUCUGACGAUUGGCAGGAAUAGGAAGCUGGCGUCUGUUGGAACUCAUGAUCUUGAUAAGCUGGAAGGGCAAAUCGUGUAUAGGAGUAUGAUGCCCAAGGAGAUUGUGUUUAAGCCACUGAAUGGCGACAGGACGAUUCGAGGGGAUGAGAUGGAAGCGUAUUUUGGACAGGGGAGCAAGAUUGGCAAGUAUGUGAAGCUGAUUGAAGACAACGAUAAGUAUGUGUGCUUUGAGGAUUCGAAGGGAGUGAUAUCUGUGCCUCCAAUAAUCAACAGUGAGAGAAGCAAGAUAGAUGAAUGCACAAGGAAUGUGUUUGUGGAGGUGACUGGGACUGAUUUCAACAGGGUCAACACAAUGCUGAGGCUAAUUGUAGGUGCAUUUAGAGGGAAGAGUGUUGAAAGUGUCGAGAUUGUGAGCAGCGAGACGAAGAUUAGGACGCCUGUUGAAUUUAAUAGGGUCUAUAAGAUUACGCUUGAAGAGAUAAACAAAGGGCUUGGGCUGAGCCUGACAGUGGAUGAAUCGAAAGGACUCUUGGAGAGGAUGAUGCAUCGUGCAAGAGUCAUUGACGAGGCAAGCAUUGAAGUGAGUGUGGAUGACAUGCGAUCUGAUGUUCUGCACAAAUGUGAUCUACUUGAGGAUAUUGCGAUUGCAUAUGGAUUCAACAAUUUUGAGAGGAAGCUUCCGCUUACACACUGCAUAGGGCGUGAGGAUGCACUGAAUAAGUUUUGUGACAAGCUUAGGAUUGAGUUUGCAUCGAUGGGGUUUGAUGAGUGCUUGACGUUGAGCCUUCUGUCUAAUAAAGAGAAUGUGGUUGAGAGGGAAAGAGCAGUGGUGGUGAAGAAUCCGAAGUCCUUUGGAUAUGAGGAAGUCCGUACGUCUCUUGUUCCAGGGCUGAUGAAAGUAAUAGCAUCGAAUCUGCAUGUAAAGAUUCCGUUCAAGGUUUUUGAGGUCUCUGAUGUUGUUUUUGGUGAUGAGGGAUGGGAAUGCGGGGCAAGGAAUGGUAGAAUGCUUGCAGCAAUGUACUCUGGAGGACGAGCAGGGCUUGAGGAGGUCCAGGGGCCAUUGUCGCUUAUUUUGGAGAAGUGCGGUGUUCGCAAGUAUGUGUAUUAUGCAUAUGAUGAUGAGGCAAGGUAUCUGAAGAAUCAAGCAGCACAGGUGAUUGCGAAUGAUGAGCUGAUUGGAUCUGUUGGAGUCUGUAGGCCAGAGAUGUGUGAACUUUUUAAAGUUCCUUAUGCAACCUCAUGCUUUGAAAUUGAUGCUGAAAAGCUGUUUUGGAUAUUUAUGAAGCGAAUGGAAAGGGAGCAGAUGCAGUAG